CAAUGUAAUCUGCGCUCUGCCAGAAAGGAUCGAUUGAAUGACAACAAAGUUAAAUGCAUUGAUAGACAGGUUUCGGGUCGAGUUUUACGAUAGUCUGACCCUUUUAACCUUGACGAUCGAUAAAGGGGAGAGUGCACUGCAGGCGACGACGGUCUUUCUCUUUCCGUUUUCUGCGGUGCUACUUUUUAUUUCCAGCCAUGCCGCCUAACCCGCGUGUGUAGGUCGAUCGCAUUUGGUUUGCUAAUGUUGCUUUGCAAACAGCACCGAGUUCACAAUACCCUCAGCCUUGGUUCUUUAUGGCUAGAGGUCCCGUGGGGCUCUCUCUAAGAGCCGAUGAGCGCUGCCCUGGCCUCAAAUCGGAGCGCCUUGCAAACCUAAGAUGGACAAGUCUGCAAUAAUCGCGGUGGUUGGAAUUGGGAAUGCGCAUGCGCGCGCCCACAAAAGCGCUCCUUUAUGUUGAAAGGCGCUCCGCUCCUGAAGUUGUAGACGGGCGGUGCUGUCACUUCAGCUGAACUGCCUAUCAUACCCCUCCAACACCCCCCCCCCUCCUCCGCCCCCCUGUUUUCUAGUCUUCCAGUCAACUCAUGAUUCACAAGUGGUAGACCUGCUGGCGCUCAGAAGUGGCGGUGGAUACUGCACUGAAGUUUGUGUGCGCAUUCCGCCACUUUAAAAAAGUUUUGGAAUAAAGUUAGGCGACACCGUGGAGUACCUGUGACCGGAACAGUUUGGGAGAGCACGUUCAACGGGUUGUGGCGAUUUACUGAUCUCCUCGGACUGCCCCCACCAGAGAUGAAGAAGAAUGAGAUCCGCGGGGAACACUUGCAGGACCACUGAUCAGGACACGCCGAGGACAGGCGAAUGUGUGUCUCGAGCGGCAAAAAACGCUGCGCGCGUUCAUAGUGCGCGUUUCGAUCACCAGCUCUGAUCUGCCAGAUGCUCAGUGGACACACUUUGAGGCAAUUCUCCUGACCGAGCAGCCGGGGCGCAGUGAAAGCGCUGGCCAUGUGGUGCGAGAGCGUCCCGUGCAUCGCUCUACUCAUAUGCCCGCUGCUCUUGUCAGUGGGCAGGGUGAAGAGCAGUGGCGAGUACUGUCACGGCUGGCUGGACGCGCAGGGCAGCUGGCGCGACGGUUUCCAAUGUCCGGAGCGCUUCGACGCCGAGGACGCGACCAUCUGCUGCGGCAAGUGUGCCCUCCGAUACUGCUGCUCCAGUACUGAGGCUAGGCUGGACCAGGGCACGUGCGAGAACGACAGACAAGCCCCGGAACAGGGCAAAGGGAGCCUGGACAGCAAAGAGAACACUGCAGUGCCAAUCUACGUGCCUUUUCUGAUUGUUGGCUCUGUGUUUGUGGCAUUCAUCAUCCUGGGUUCAUUGGUGGCAGCCUGCUGUUGCCGUUGUCUCCGACCUAAGCAGGAACCCCAGCAGAGUCGUGCACCUGGUGGCAAUCGCCUGAUGGAGACCAUUCCAAUGAUCCCCAGCGCUAGCACCUCCCGUGGUUCUUCCUCACGCCAGUCCAGCACAGCUGCCAGCUCCAGUUCUAGUGCCAAUUCAGGAGCCCGGGGACCCAUAGUUCGAGCACAGGCCAACUGCUGCCUUCCACCUGAAGGGCCAUUGAACAAUGUGUACGUCAACAUGCCCACCAAUUUCUCUGUUCUAAACUGCCAGCAGGCUGCCCAAAUGAUGCCUCACCAAGGGCAAUUCUUACACCCCCAGUAUCUGGGAUACACCGUUCAGCAUGAGGCACCAAUCGCUAUGACACCUGCCCCCCCAUUCCUAGAUGGGCUACAAGGAGGGUACCGGCCAAUACAGUCUCCCUUUCCUCCUAACAGUGCAGCCAGUGAACAAAUGAAAUACCCAGCUGUAACUGUCUAGACAAAAAAAAAAAACCUGGAGAAAAGAUUUUUUUCUAUUAAAGAAAAAAAAAAAAAAGUCCUUAUUUUUUUUUUAAUAAUGUCCCAGGAUAAGGAGCAGGGAGUGGAUUUAUGAACAACAGCCUUGCACGGGUGUGCCACUUCACAGCGAUUGCACAUUUCAUGUCAACAGACUUUCCAUGCUUGAAAGAGAUGGCUUGCUUACUGUGGCUGAGCUUACUGGUACUUGGAGGUGGCUUUGGAUUAGUUAUCAUGUCAACCCAGUAGGAAACGUGGAAUGAUUCAAUUGCAACUCACCGGAGACCCACACAGUACAAAAUACAAAGUCUUUGUUGGAUAUACUUAAAAAACAAUGUGUUAAGAGUCCCCUUUGUAUCUUCAGCAGGUGUGCACUGCUUUGUAUGCAUUCACUCGUAGUCAUAAUGUUUGGAAGCAUUUAAAAAGGAACAUAGAGCAGGCUUCUACAUACACCACAUCGGAAUAGAAUGAUUCUGGAAAAUUCCUUCAUGGAGUUCACCUUGUAUUGAAUAUUCAUAUUUGGCUGUGUCCCAUCAAACAGUCAGGAACAGUUUAUGCAUGAAAGUGAAAGACGGCACUUCCUACACAAAAGAUGCAAUAAGUGCCCGAGUGUCUCAUGUAACAUUAGGUCAUGAAAACCGUGAAUUCACUUUUGCUGGAAAAACAGUUUGAAAGCAGUUUUUGAAUAGCACAGUGCAGUUUGAAAUAAAUUUGUAGACCAAUGGAGCGUUAACAGAUGCAAAGAGAAAAAAUAUGCUGUAGCGCUGUCUGAGAGUUUACUAAGAGCAGCGCCCUAAAGCUUUUCUAGUGGCACAGUGGUUAGUGCUGCUGCUUCACUGAGCCAGAGUCCUGGGUUCAAUUCCUGACCUGGUAACUGUCUGUUUGGAUUCUACAUGUUCUACCCAACUCUUCUUGGGGGUUUCCUUCUGUGUCAAAGACGUGGUUUAAGUUGACAUGUGACUGUAAUUUGGCCUUGUAUGCCAUGUGAUUGAUUGGCAUCAAAUACAAGGUUGGUUCCAGCCUUCUGACUGGUGUUACUUAGAUAGGCUACAAUCCCCCACAACGCUCUAUUAAAAUAUUUAAUAUUUUGAAAAUGAAUAAAUGGAAGACCAACUUAACAAAACUGUCAACAUAUUAUGAGGAGCCAUUACAUUUCAGACAGCUACAUGUUUUUUGAUCGCUGAAUAUCAGCUUUAUAAGGACCCUGUUCAGGCCUACUUCAUGAAAGGUUUUGGUUCAUUUUUAUGUUUCAGGUUGGCAAGGUAUACGCACCUGACCCUGAACUGCGUUGUGUGGUAAAUGCUGGCACAUUGUUUAGUAUUUUGAAAAUUGUUUUUGAAAUGCCUAGCAAUGAAUGUAUGUAUUGUAGAUAUUAAGGGGGUUCAAAAUGUAUUACCUCAGAAUGUCAGUGUACAGGGUAGAAAAAAUUACAUGGAGCACAGCCAGGACCAAUCGAGACAGGAAUGCCAUAGCUGAUAAUAUGGGUUUCCAUUUUACAGUGACUUGCGUCAGACAAUCAGAAAAGGUUGGCAUUUGUUAAUUUUGAGUUAGAAUCAGAUGCAUUAACAUGCCAUUGGACUGUGAGACUGUCAUGUGUGCUGACCAAAUCCCAUUAAAAUGGCUUACUGAGAUCACAUGCAGAGGGACUUCAGUAUGACAUUAAACAUGGCAUUUCUGUUCCGUUGGUUGCAACAGACAUUAGUACACGGUCGAUGUUAUACCACCUGUGUGCUACAGAUUCUGGACCGUGUGCACUCAAGUGUUUAUGUGAACAAAUCUCUUGCUUAAAACAAAACAAAACUAUCUUUUCAAAAGUAACACACUUAAGAGGCCAGAGGUGGUAUAAGUAUUUAAAACUGAAAAAUUAUAGCAAUAACAUCAUACUUGGCAGCAUUCAUAGAGGAGCUGGGGAAACUGAAAAUCUGUGUUUUCAAGGUGUUACCUUUGCUUGUGAAUUGAUAAUCUGGUGAUGUACAACAAAGCUGUUACUUUUCCAUUAAUUGUUUGUGACUCUAGCAGUAGCAAAUUAAGUGCACCUCACAUGUUGGAGCUGCUCAGUACAGGCAGAUAGUUUGAUCAGCAUCUUAGCAUCAGUAUGAGUGUGCAAUGGACUGAUGUCCUGUCUGAUGUCCUCCCUGCCUCGGCCCAGUGCUGCCAGGAUUGUUUUCAUCUCAUUGAAACAUUGAAUUAUGAAAUAAGCGGGUUCAGUAAAUGGGAAGCAUUAUAGGUGGGUCAGGCCUGUCUGUGAAAAUCAAAAGAAAAGAAUGGAUACAUUAUCCUAAACUAACAUUAAUUUGAAUAUCACACCAAGUCUUGACAAAAAUAAAAAAAGUAUAAAUCUUAUCCCAAAAUGUACUUUCUGUAAGCAUUAAAUGGAAAAGAGAUACAUGAAUGAUGAUAAAAUAUUAAAUAGGGAAAAUGUAAUACUGUAUGUCAUUUAAAGGAACCCUUCUGUGUGUAGUACGUCAUUCACAUCACACAAAAUGGCCUUGUUUCAUUUUUGCUGUUUCUACAUUUACCAAGUGCAUACACCGCUUUAACAUGCUGCACAUUUGUAUAAUCUCACCAACUGACUGCUUGCACUUCUUUGCUGCUGCCUCAUUUUUGUUCUUUUCAUACAAAAACCGCAGCACUUAAUAAUCAUUUUAACCAAGUUGGCUUCCCUGCAAUAUCACAUAUUUUACUAGCUUUCCAUACCCUUCACUCCUACCCUUUACUGAUCCCAGUUAAUCUAAUUUAAGGCUUGAAAUAUGCCUAACCCAUCCUAACAGCAUCAGGCAUAAAGAAGGAACCAACCUUAGUUAGGGUAUCAGUAUACCACAAGGAACACUCUUAUGCACUAUGCCAACCUAACCUGAAUGGUUUUAGUAUUUGGGAAGGAAACAGAUGACCUAAUGAAAAAUGAAAACAAACACUAAGAGAAUGUGAGAAUUGGUGACAAGGCUGGGAUUUGAAUCCUGGUUCUGUGAGGCAACAGUGCCAAAUACUGCAUCACCAUUACAACCCACAAUCAGGCAGUAUUUUUUCCUUUUACCUUUGUCUUUACCUGUAAGAAAUUUUUGAUUGUUAUCCAAAAGGAUUAUUUGUUAAGGAAAUGCCAUUUGGCUAGUAUGUAAGCAAGAAGCCUUUUAUGUUAAGUGAAUUAGCUAUAGAUGCCAUAAAAAUAAUCUUAAAAUCUACAGUUUAAUUUAAACAGCCUAUCAUGACAGAGGAUGGGAAUGCAUACACUGCAGUUUUUUUUCACAUAUUAAUAGCCUCAUUUAAGGUAACCCAUUGUUGUUUUAACAUCACUGUACUAGAUUUCAUUGGCAAUGAAACUAAAACUUUUACAAGCAUCAUUCUCUAACUACUGUGCUUAUGACACUGUAAAUCUGAAUAAUGUAGUGAGAUAAUAAUAUUGUCAGUAAACUAGUAAAACAUGCCAUCAAUUGGGUUUCAGUUGCCAGGGAAUACCAACUACAUGGAUGGGUGCUUGGCAAGUAUCUCAAACAAGAAGUAGCUGUCAUUUGGAUGAAUAUUGUCAAGAUGAGUUUAUAGGUUAAGUAGAAUAGUUACGGUCCAUGUGGAGUUUACGCAUUCUCCUCUUGUCCAUGUGAAUUUUUUGCAGGCAUUCUGGUUUCGUCCCAUAUCCCAAACACACACACACACACACAAAAUCUUGAUUAACUUGCAAUUUGUAACUGUCACAGUGUAGGCAAAAGUGUGCCUUGUAAUAUACCGGCACAGCAUCCUGGGACUGCCUGCGACUCUCCUGCACCCUGUAGUGAAAUAAGUGGCUCAGAAAAAGGAAGGCGAAAUAUUUAUAGUAAGGAGGGAAGACUCUCCAAAUAUACUUCCACUGUUUGUUUAGAGUCUUUGCCAAGUAACAGUGCCUGGCAGGAUGCAUAACAAGUGUCUCCAAUUAUGAAUGUCCCCGAGCUACUCUAAACACAAUUGGGCGAUCCAGAAAUUUGAUUUCUUUAGUUCCAGUUUCCUGGCUUAUUAGCAUAAACCUUUAAUACUUUGAUGCAAUCACAUUUAGGACUGAGCGUUUGUUUGCAGUACAAAACUGUCUUUUGAUGGUAACAAGCCACUCUCUGUUUUAUCGGAUGCUCAGAUUCAGGUGAAACACUUGAUAAUGUUUACUUGUACAGAAUAAUUAUUUAAACAUUAAAUAUGUGGGACGCUAGUUUGCUACCAGGGAUAACUUUACAAAAGAAAAAAAAAAAAAAAAAACAAUGGAAAAGAUUUGCUUUGUUUCUGUAAAUGUUAAAAUGUGUUCCCUGGUAUUAAAAAUGGCAGCUCUUUUAAUCCAAAGGCAAGGAGCUUGUCAAUGUUGGUACUUUUAAUGUCUUUUUUUAAAAAUAAAUAUUAAAGUGUGAAUGAAUGUUUUUACAUUUUUCAAAUUUUAAAUUAUGUGUUUCUUCAAAAGUGCAUCACAGACUGACUGUGCUGUUUAUAGCCUCAAAUCCAAAAAUGUACAGGUUUUUGUGUCAAAUGGUUUGGUUAUUUCUCUAAUGCAUAUAUACAUUAUGCUGUAUACCUGCUGUCAAAUAAAAAGGAAAAAAAUGGUUGCAGUGUUUAUAUUUGAAAAGAAAA